AUGCCUAUACAGUGCACCGCCGAGGACCCUCGGCCGCCGCGGCUGCCGCCGCGGCAGCCGCGGCGGCCGCGGCCGGCGAGCGACGAGGAGUCGAGCAGCGAGGAGGACGCCGGGAGCUGGGACGCGGAGUCGAACGAGUACUCGAGCGGGGGGUGGGAGGAGGCCGCGCGCCCGCCGACGCCCGACGAGAGCACGUUCGCCGUGCCGCCGCCGCCCGCGGCGGCGGGGCCGAGGACCCACGCCGUCCAGGCGCGGCUCGCGACGGCCGAGUGCACGGUCGAGGACCUCGGCGCGCGGGGCGAGAUCGCGACGGGCAUCUGCUUCCUCGACCACAUGAUCGACCAGCUGCAGUCGCACGGCCAGCUGGGCGUCGCGCUGCGCUGCCGCGUCGGGGACGGGCCGUGGGCCCGGCCGAACGAGCCGCUCGGCGCGGCCGCCGACGAGGCCGUGCACAUCGUCGGCGCGUGCGGCGAGGCGCUCGGCAGGGCGCUGCGGCGCGUGGCGCUGCGCGCGCGGACGCGGCCGCCCGACGUGGACAUCGUGCGCUUCUUCUGCCCCCUGGACGAGGCCUACGCGGAGUGCUGCCUCUGCCUGUUCCCGCCCGUCCGCGCGUCGGUCGGCGCCGACGUGGCGCUGGAGCCGUACGGCACGCACGCCGCGGGCCCCCGCGGCCGCGAGUUCGUCGGGACCUUCCGGACGCGCCACACGCCCGUCUUCUGGCGCGCGGUCGCGCGCGGCAUGGGCGCCUCCGUCGCGCUCGCGCGCUGGCGGGGCGACAACGCGCACCACGUCCUCGAGUCGGCCUUCAAGGCCUUCGCGCGCUGCUUCCGGAAGGGCCUGGACCGGCUCGGCGCCGCGGCGCCCGCGGCGCCGCCGGGCGCGGCCCGCACGGGCGCGCGGCGGCGCGUCACGAAGGAGACGUCCAUCGACGUCGAGGUCGACCUGGACGCGGCCUACGCCGCCGCCGACGACGCGGCGGGCGCGGAGGCGGCCUGGGACGGCGCGGCGAAGACGCCGGCGCAGCUCGAGGCGACGAUCCGCGCGCUGCCGCGCGUCGCGACGGGCGUCGACGGCCUCGACCGGCUCCUCGACGCGUUCGCGGCCGCGGCCGCCGUCAAGGUCAAGGUCCACUGCCGCGGCGACCGGCACAUCGACGACCACCACUCGGCCGAGGACGUCGCCAUCUCGCUGGGCCAGUGCCUGCACGAGGCCGUCGGCGACAAGGCGGGCCUGCGGCGCAUGGCGUUCGCGACGCGGCGCGUGGGGGCGUGCGAGGUGCGCGCCGUGCUCGACCUGUCGAACCGGCCGCACGUGACGUCGGACCUGCGCUUCGACGAGGAGUUCCUCGGGGACGCGGCGCCGGGCCCGGGCGAGGUCGGCCGCGCGCUGACGAGCGAGAUGGCCGCGCACGCCCUCGAGUCGCUGGCGCUCGAGGCCCGGUGCACGCUGCACCUGGCCUGCGUCGCCGACGACGGCCUGCCGGGCCACACGGCGAACCUGGCGCUGGCGGCGUUCGGCGCCUUCGGCGCCGCGCUGGGCGAGGCCGUGGAGGUCGACCCCCGCCGGCGCGGCGGCGUGGCGUCGAGCAAGGGGACCCUGUCGGCGUAA